UCACCGCUGACGAGUGUCUAGCUUUGCGAGGAGUUUGAGCACGUGGCAUCAGCCCGGCGCAGUGAACCCGCCGAGCCACAGGUUUCUACGCCUGUUCCCAACAUCUCUUCCUCUCUUCCCCUCGAGCAAGAGCUCAUCCAUAUCCUCCAUUCCCCCUCGACCCAAGAGACCAACCGGGCAAGAACCCAAAGCCCACGAUGAGCACGGAGCCGGAGGUCGUCCACAGCGGCGGCUGCCACUGCCGGCGCGUGCGCUGGCAGGUGGAGGCGCCGGCGAGCGUGGUGGCGUGGAUCUGCAACUGCUCCGACUGCUCCAUGCGGGGGAACACCCACUUCGUCGUGCCCAAGGACAAGUUCGCGCUCCAGGCCGGCGCCGGCGAUUUCCUCACCACCUACACCUUCGGCACCCACACGGCCAAGCACACCUUUUGCAAGGUGUGCGGGAUCACCUCCUUCUACAUCCCCAGGUCCAACCCCGACGGCGUCGCCGUCACCGCCGCCUGCGUCGGCGCCGGCACCCUGGCGCACGUCGAGUACAGGAAGGCGGACGGGAGGAACUGGGAGCAGUGGAUCGAGGCGAGCGGCAUCUCCGAGUUCUCCAAGCCCAAGGCCGCCGAGUAGGAGGACCUGACCUGGCCCGUGUUCGGUUCAGGAUUUCAGGUCAGUUUGGUUGGUGGUUGCUGGCUGAAUUCCUCUCCUUGUUAGUCAUGAAAAGUACGUAUGUGAGAAUAAACUUGGACAUGAUGGUCCAAACUUGUCCUGAAUUUUUCUCCUUGUUAGUGAAAAGUUUGGUUGGUGGUUGCUAGCUGAA